AAAAAUAAGUGGUUGAUACGCCGCAUAACUUCGGCGGGAUCACCCUCCUCUUGCAGCGAAGGUGACAGAAGAAGCAAACGGCGGUUGCUACGGCGAGACGAAGAAGUUUGCGUGCACACAGAACCAAGCUGCUUUUCAGUGUUGAAGGAAGAUUUGGUCGAUGUCAUGCGUAUCUGAAGAUAUAAAAACAGACGAGAUCACGAGAUAGAGGAGGCUAUGAGAGUUUGAGUUUCUGGACGGACGGAAAGGAGUAGAAACAGAGGAGAGUAAUUGAGAGGGUGAGACUUUCGGUAAGAAAGAAAAGAGGGGGAACGAAAUAGAGGAAGGGAAGAACGGAGAAUAUUUGAGGGAGAGGCCAAGAGAUAAAAGAGGGACAUGAAGAGCGAUCGAGAAGGAGAGUGAGAUUGAGAAGCUGAGAGUGAUGACUGACGUAGGGAGGCCAAGCAUCUGGUAUCGCAAUGAUAUAGCUGAAAAGUGGUUUGCAGUGCUUGAAGCAACAAUCAAGGGGAACUGGUAUAUUAAUUCAUGCCUCAGGGGCUUAUUUAUUUCACUCGGAAGGGCUUUGCUGAACUACAUAUGUUUUGGCACUGUGAAGGAACCCAAUCCUACGUUUUCAAUAUACCCUCCAAAAAAAAAAAAAAGGAAUUAUGGGAUAUGUUCUUUUGCAAUUAGCUGCGAGCACACUGCUCCGAUUCCAGCUUCAGAAUUGGCCAAAAACAGAAAAAGGAAUAAAAAAUGAAAAAUAUUCCUGCUUCAAAACUUAAAGAGACCAAUAAAUUUCAAUAUGUAUAUAUAUAUAAGUCCAAUCCAUCCAAAAGCAUGAAUCCAUCACACAAUUUGAAAGUGGCAAUACUCUUAGCCAUUUCAAGAAUUCUCUGACAGAUCUUUCAACAACUCCAUUCUAUUUCCUUUUACUUAUUUCAGGGUUUAAUUUGCUCAUUUAACCUGUAAUCAAACUUUAGCAUGUCAAUGUUUUAUCCAGAUUUCACUCCUUCAACAAUUUGGUUCUAGACAUGAAGCUUGAAUUUGCAGAUGUAUUCUUUUUGGUUUUCGAAGGUAGAAAUGCUUUCUGUUGUGUUCAAUUAUUUUCUGUUUGGAUGUUGGUCUGUUCACAGAAAGAAGAAAAAGAAAGCUUAUAUAACCAAAGCAAUGGGUUUGGAGCUUAACAUUUUUAUGGCAUCAAAUUGUUGGUUAGGUGGAGACAAUCAAGAGAACUUGAAAGCAUGAAAUUUUCAUUAUCAAGAGAACUUUAAAGUGUGGAGUUUUCAUUAAACUUCUUGUCCUCAAUGCCAAUGAAGAUUCUGUUGUUUUUCUAGCAUGCAAUGGUUGUCUAAAAUGAAUCAGAGGGUCUUUUGACUUACAAAAGCUCAGACUAUUGUUUUCUGAACAUGAGUCAGUCUGCUUCUGCUUUAUCUAUUAAAACAGAAGCAAGUCCAAGUAUGGACUUAGAAUCGUUACAAUUGUGGAUUGUUGCCCUUUGUGCUAUAAGGUUUGAUCUUGAACAAGGUCAACUGGUAGAAGAGUGUUAUCCUCCAGGCUCUCUUACACGUGAUGAGGAGCUUGACAUUGCUUAUAGUUCAUUUCCAGACUCCAUUUCCCAGCAGCAAAACCGUUCAAGCAUUCAUGAUUCUAUUUUCUUUUUCCGAAUUUGUAGGAACCUAAAAUCACAAAUUGGCAAUGGUACUCAUUCUGAGAUUACUGAAGUUGACGGGGGAUUUCCUUCAAAAUCCAUAUGCAUUAGCAAUCUCAGUAGAACCUCUGGUAGCAAUAAUGUCAAUGCUUCUAGGUACAUGUAUGGUUAUGUCUUUAAUAGACAGAGACAUGAUGAGAGGCUAAAGCGAGGAGGGGAGCAGAAGUCUGUGGUCAUCUUGUCCCACCAUCCAUAUUCUAGUGUGUUUAGACCUUUGUUACAAAUUAUAGGGCCCUUGUAUUUUGACAUUGGUAAGAAAGCUUUGGAGCAUAUUGCCACAUAUGUCUCUACAUGGCCAGCUCCAAUUCCUGGUAAGUUAAUGGAUCUUCCGAUUGGGAAUUCAACUCUUAAAGUGUACCUGCCACCUGCUCAUAGCUUGCCUGUUGAAAGUGGAGAAUCUUUUGAAGAGUCUGCUUCUUCAGUGGCACCUUUUUUGCCUAAUAACCAGUAUACCCCACAAGGUCUUUUUCAUGAUUCAGAUAUUUUUGGUACAUUCCGGGGCCUUUUAUUGCAACUUUGGUUGCUAUGGGAGUUGUUACUUAUUGGGGAACCUAUUCUUAUCAUUGCCCCCACACCUCCCCAGUGUUGUGAAGCUGUGGCCAGUCUCGUGAGUUUGGUUGCCCCUUUACUUUGCAGUGUUGAUUUCCGGCCGUAUUUUACCAUCCAUGAUCCUCAGUUUGCACACUUAAACUCCCUAAAAGAAGGUGAAACUUUCCCCACAAUGGUUUUGGGGGUGACAAACCUAUUUUUCCUUAAAGCCCUCCGCAACAUCCCCCACAUUGUCUCAGUUGGAAGCCCUCCUCCUAAUUCAAAUAGGCUCACCCUUCCAAGUAGGUCUUCAACUGGCAGAAACGAAGGUCUUGGGAUUCAACAACUUUCUCUAAAGAAGUUUUCUCCUUCAAGUUUGUUGAAUGCAGUUAAGCUGCGGAGAGAUGGUCCUCUUUGCCUUAUGACCGAACAUAAGGAAGCAAUCUGGAGUACUUAUUCUGCCACAACUAAGCCAGACACUUCUAUCUUAAAUAGGCUUAUUGAUGCUGGGAUUUUGCCAAGGGUUGAAGAGUCAAUGUCAGUUGUUAACAACGAGAUAUUAAGGAGGCAUUUCUUGGAGCUCACCACAAAUUUUUUGGCCCCUUUUGGUCCAUAUUUUAGGACCACUGCACCAUCUGAAGGAACUUCUCCUUAUGCAGAUCCGCCACCUCUACCUCCAUUUAAUGCUGAAGAAUUUCUUGCAAGUUUAUCUGCAAGAGGUCCAGGGAAGUUCUUAUUAAAGCGAAUGAAAUCCAACUGGCUUGAUCUAUACAGGCGAUUUCUGAAGGGACCCAACUUUAUGCCAUGGUUUCAGAGGAGGCAAGCUGUUGCGGAACAGGAGCAAGACAGAUUGUGGAGGCAUUCAAGAAUGACAAUUGACAUACAACAGCUUCUAUCUAAAAUGACUGAGUUGGAAAUUGUAGAUUCCUUCAAUGCUAUAGAGAGACAUUUCGUUAGAGAAGUACAGCUGCAACAAUCUAGAAGGGCUAGUGUAGAUUCCCCAGCAAGCUGUCAGAAACUAAGGGAAGACCUUCAGGCUGUUUUCAAUAUGCUGUCAAAGGACAUGCAACAACUGAUGCUUUCAAACCCUCAAAGGGCAUCCCUUCUACAAGGAAAUCAUGAAUUGACAAAACUUCCAGGCCACCCAUCAAUACAAGUUGGGGUUUUAUCUUCUACUUCACCCAAGUAACAAGCAUGAAACAUGUCUCCGGAUCAAACUGUAAAUUACCAACUUAGUGCGAUAGCUCAUGGUGGUGGUUCUUCUUCCAGAUUUUAUAAUAUUCGAAAAUCCUCAAUAUAAGGAAUGGGGUAUAUCUCGUCAGUCAAUUCACUAUUUUUUUGUUUAUUCUUGAACAUAUUGCAGCUAGAAUGUUUAGAACACUAGAAGCUGUUAAUACUCGCCGCGAAAAUUUUCUCGUGACAUGAUUUGCGUCUGUUAGGCUUUCUA